GCUUUGGGAGGGAUUAAUUUCAGAUUCAUAUGAUUGAUUCAAUUCAGAUGAUCUAACAUAUUACUGAAGUAUCAGCGAUUCGUUGAAAGACUAAGUCAUACUCAGUAAAAGGUAUCUCCUUGGAGUCUAUUUGAAUUCAAUCAGUAUGAAAGUCAAAACGAGAUUCGUUGGAUAAUUCUUGAAUACUACUACUGAAUGAUCUUUUGGCGAAUAUUUCUUUGGCUUGGGUUUAUUGCAUUUUAUGUAAAUGCAGGUGUUAUUGGAACAAUUCAGGGUAUCACUGUGACAGGUGAUCCUGAUGAUCUACUAAAUUCUACCAUAUCUGAUGCUAAAGGAAAUUUCCAAGUAUAUGGUGAAGAUAAGGAAGUAACUGCAAUUGAACCUUAUCUAUCUAUUGCGCACAAUUGUGAUAAUGGUUACAUCAAUGAAAAGUGCACAAUCACUGAUGAAUAUCCGAUCCCAAAGGAGUUUAUUGGUAAAACGUACAAUAUGUAUAUUGUAAGUCUAAGUAUAAUGGGGGCAAAUCACAAGAAGAAAUGCAACCAAUAAUCGAUGAUGGAGCGAUCGAUAAUUGAAAUAAUUAAAAAAAACGAAAAAAUUUUCUUUAAAAUAAAAAAGAAUGAGUGGAAUAUUAUCAGUAUUGAAUUCAUCAGUAUCGAAUAUUAUCAGUGAUUGAAUAUUACCAGCAUUGAAUA